AUGGAAGUACAAUGGACGUUUAGUGCAAACAGUGUUUCAAUACAGUGUUUGAUACACUUUUUUCAAGACGAUUGGGAUAAUAAAGAAACAUGGGUUGCUGAAUCUGUUACUGCCGCUAAAGACUAUUUGCAUUGGCUCAAACAAAACUUUGAUUUCAAUUUUUUGCUCAACAUUUUUGCAAAGAUUUUCCCUUUUACUGACAUUAUAUUCGACAUUUUACAGAUAAAGUCACAUGACAUUGGCUUUUGCAUUAAACAAAUUGACGAUUUUAAAAAUAAAAUGAAUAAAAAACGAGAUCAGUUUGAACAUUUUUGGAAUAAGACUCAAAACAUUGACUUAGAACUUGAAAGAAAGCAAAUUAGAAUUGAUAAUGUCGGCGACAGAGAGACCUCCUAUCGUCGAUUAUACGCCGAAAUUUUUGAUAAUAUUUUACAACAAAUCAACUCUCGAUUUCAAACCUUUAACGAAUUAAAAUUUGUUGAAUUGUGCAAUUUUAAUAUAAGUAACUACGAUUCAUCAAAAUUUCCAUCGGAAGCUUUUAAUUCACUAAAAUUAAAUUAUGGAAAUUUUUUCGAUAUUCCAGCAUUAAAGUCCCAGUUAAGUGUUGUUUAUGAAACAACUGAAAUUAAUGAUAAAAACACGCCCAUCAAUGUAUUAAAUUUUCUUAUAACAACUGGUUUAAAUAAGUCCCUUUGUGAAGUCGUCAAGUUGUGUGAAUUAGUACUUACCAUCCCAGCCACAAGUGCGUCAGUUGAGCGAAGUUUUUCAGCUUUACAGCGUAUUAAAACAUUUAUACGAAAUUCAAUAAGUGAAGACAGACUCUCUAAUUUAGCCCUAAUAUCUAUUGAAAAACAGCUUGUUAAACAGUUAACAGAAAAUCCAAAAUUUUACGACGAUGUUAUGAUAAAUUUGCAGUCAUUGAGGAUAGGCGAAUAG